CUCGUCAAUCAUCCAGACGUGGAUGUUAACUAUUUAGACAACAGAGGAAUUCAUGCGCUACAAUACGCAAUGGGCAACAAGCACGGGCUCGGCGAAGAAAUUGCCAAUCUGUUGAGGGAAAAAGGCGCCGUGCUGAAGGAAGAAGGAAACAACCACGAACCGGAGAACUUUGAGACAUUGGUUGAUUCGUUCAUGGAAAAUAUUCGUUAUUUGCUAGAAAAAGAAAAAGAUAGUAGCGCGAUAACAGAGGGAGAAAACGGUGUGAACGCACAUCACCUGACGGCAACUUUUGAAAAGAUAACGGGACUCAUUGAUUCCCUUCAGGAAACUAACCCGUACGCUGGGCCAACUGCUCCCAAUUGCACAUCAGAUGACAACAACGAGAAUAUGGUGAAGGAAGUUCUAAAAGAGGCAAUCAGACAGUCAGAUGCUGAAAAGGUUCGCAAUCUGAUAGAAAUGGGAGCAGAUCUCGGCAAAACGACGUGGAGAAAAGGAGUGAAUGCUCUUCACGUGGCAUCGCGUAAUGCAAAGAAAACGGAAAUACUUGACGUCAUUCUGGAAACUGGCGAUUUCGGCAUCAACGGAGGUGACGAAAAUGGCAGAACUGCUCUUUACUACGCAAUUAUCGAUAAAAACGUGGAGACUGUUCGCUACUUGCUGGAAAAGGGAGCCGAUCCCACCAUAGGAGACAACGAAGGCACCACUCCAUUUCAUGUGGCAGCAGCAUUAAGUCGAGAAACCGACAUUCUCGACUUGUGUCUGGCGAAUAACAACACACUUGAUAUUGACCACCCAAACCAAUCUGGAAUGACUGCACUGCACAUGGCAGCCACGGAAUCAAACUCAGCUACAGCAAAAUUUCUUUUAGCAAAAGGAGCUAACCCCAACGUCACUGAUGAAAAUGGACGCACUCCACUUCACGCAGCGGUAUUACUGGCUAAAGACAUGGACAUUGUCAAGUUACUCCUCAAUCAUCAAGACGUGGAUGUCGACUAUUUAGACAACAACGGAGACAGUGCGCUAGAUUGCGCAAUGGACAACAUUUUCGGACUCGGUAAAGUAAUUGCCAAUCUGCUGAGGGAAAAGAUGGCCACGAAGGCAGAAGGAAACAACCACGAAGUAGAGAACAUGGCGGCAUCGGUUCCAGGAGGUCGCAUCAAAGAAGAUUCAGAUAAUGUUAAAACGAUUCGUUUGCUGAUAGAAGAUGGACAAGAUGUUAGCGCGAUGACAUGGGGAGAUAACGGAGCGAACGCACUUCACCUGGCGGCAGCUGACGAAAAGGCGGCGGAAUUCAUCGACGUCAUUCUGGAGACUGGGAAAUUUGACAUCAACGGAGUGGACAACGACGGAAGGACACCACUCCAUUACGCAAUAAAGAGACCUAAGCCAAUUACAAUCAAUUCUCGUCGUCUGAUUAAAAUGGGAGCCAAUCCCAGUGUACCAGACAAGAACGGAGUCACCCCUCUUCACAUGGCAGCGAGAAAUGCAGAAACGAUGGACCUCAUCGAGCUACUCCUCAAUACUGAAGCCGUGGACGUGAAUUGUGUCGAUAAACAAGGACGGACUCCUCUCGCUUGUGCUCGAGACAACAAACACGGACUAGGCCAGAGGAUUAUCGCCCGACUGAAAGAAUAUGACGAUGAAAAGAAAUAACAUCGUCCAACAGCAGGAGAACUGCAUGGCCAUAAUCCGGAGGUGAGCGGAAGAAUAUUGCCUGGAUUAAAUUGCCUUCGUUAGUAGUAGUGAAAUGGGACAGUUGAAGAUUUUCUUGGAUAUUUUAGAUUUAGUACAAAAUCCUUGGCUUACUUGGAUUCAAUGCAACAUCCCAUGGAAAAUAAGUCGCUCCCUUUUUACAUUAAGUUGAAUCUUUAACAUAGGCUGGUUAGAUUAAAAGUGCAGCAUGUAAACCUUAUUGGAUUCGCCCUGCUAUAAGCUAAACUCAUAAUUAAAUUUAAAUGUCCUUACCCCGAAGAUAUUACAUCUUCUACUGAGCAACAGCUUUGGUUAGGUCUUUAUUUCGCAAAAACACUGAUAUCCCACAUAAAACUGCCCUGGUUCUUGCAUACCUGAUAAACUAAGCAA